AUACGCACUUACGUCCUUUGGAAUGUAAAAUCACAAAAGAGACUAGAACGAGAACAAAAUGGGCUACGAAAGGCUCGGACCGUCGAAACCAAGUGGUUCGGUCGCAACCACCACAGCUCCGUCUCCGAACCUAAGCCAAGUCCCCACGACAUCACAAUCGGAUAAUACUAGUCCGAUAAGAAAGAAGCUUCUUGUCUCAUCACUCGUCGUAGCUUUCGCACUUAUCCUCGCCGCCGCAAUUUUCGCCGGAGUCCGAUCACAAGUCAAAUCUUCCCAACAGGUUCCAGGCCUAGCUCGAAAACCAAGCCAAGCAAUCUCAAAAGCUUGCGCGUUGACUCGCUUCCCCGAGUUAUGCGUUGACUCACUCAUGGACUUCCCCGGCUCACUCGCCGCCUCCUCCCCGAGAGAUCUGAUUCACGUGACGGUGAACAUGACGCUCCACCACUUCAGUCAAGCACUCUACUCAUCGUCCUCUUUCUCCUUCCUCGACAUGCCGCCACGUGUCCGCUCCGCCUACGAGUCUUGUGUCGAGCUGCUAGACGAUUCCGUCGACGCGCUCUCACGCGCUCUCUCCUCCGUGGUCUCCGUCUCCGGCGGCCAAACGAAACCGCAAGACGUCAUGACAUGGCUGAGCUCGGCUCUGACGAACCAUGACACGUGUACGGAAGGGUUCGACGGCGUCGGCGACGGCGGAGUGAAGGAUCAGAUGACUGAUGCGCUGAAGAAUCUCUCGGAGCUUGUCAGCAACUGUUUGGCCAUAUUCGCGGCGAGCGGUGACGGCGACGAUUUCGCCGGAGUGCCGAUACAGAACAGGAGGCUUUUGGAAGUAGGAGGAGGAGGAGACAAGGACAAGAAGUUCCCGAGAUGGACCAAGAGAAGAGAGCGGGAACUACUGGAAAUGCCGGUGUCUCAGAUACAAGCUGAUAUCAUCGUCUCCAAAGACGGCAACGGCACGUGUAAAACUAUAGCGGAAGCUAUCAAGAAAGCUCCUCAGCGCAGUACUCGCCGGACUAUUAUCUACGUCAAAGCCGGAAGGUACGAAGAGAAGAACCUCAAGGUCGGUAGGAAAAAAAUUAAUUUGAUGUUCGUUGGAGAUGGAAAGGGUAAAACUGUCAUCUCAGGAGGGAAGAGUAUUUUUGACAACAUUACCACUUUCCACACGGCGUCGUUUGCCGCAACGGGAGCUGGGUUUAUUGCAAGGGACAUUACAUUUCAAAAUUGGGCUGGUCCAGAAAAGCACCAAGCGGUGGCCCUUCGCGUUGGAGCUGACCAUGCGGUGAUCUACCGGUGCAGUAUAAUCGGUUACCAAGACACACUUUAUGUCCAUUCAAACCGUCAGUUCUUCCGCGAAUGCGAUAUCUACGGCACAGUUGAUUUCAUCUUCGGUAAUGCAGCCGUAGUACUACAAAACUGUAGCAUCUAUGCACGCAAACCUAUGGCUCUUCAGAAAAAUACAAUCACAGCUCAAAACCGAAAAGACCCGAACCAAAACACGGGAAUAUCGAUACAUGCCUCUAGAGUUUUGGCAACACCUGAUCUCCAAGCGACCAAUGGUACUACCCAGACGUAUCUAGGCCGGCCAUGGAAGCUAUACUCUAGAACGGUUUACAUGUUAUCGUACAUAGGUAAUCAUGUACACACGAGAGGCUGGCUUGAGUGGAACACAACAUUUGCUUUAGAUACUCUAUACUACGGUGAGUAUUUGAACACGGGACCAGGGUCGAACAUUUCACAACGUGUGAAUUGGCCAGGGUAUCGGGUCAUCAAUUCAACGGCUGAGGCAAACCGGUUUACGGUGUCGGAAUUUAUAUAUGGUUCGUCGUGGUUGCCUUCAACCGGGGUUUCGUUCUUGGCCGGAUUAAACCUUUAGCUAGAGAAAAAUAAAGUGAUUUUCUUUCCGAUGCAUUGUUUCAUUCUUACGUCCCUUAUACUAAUGGACAUAUAUAUAUGAAUAAUCCUUUUUAUAUAUAAAUUAAAUUUUUAAUUGUA